GGUGUCCCCAUCAGAGUGCCCCUUUACAUCAAUGUUUCCAUUAGAGACCCCCUUACAUCAGGUGCCCCCAUCAGAGAUCCCCCUUACAUCAGGUGUCCCCAUCAGAGCGCCCCCUUACUUCAAGUGUCCUCAUUAGAGUGCUCCCUUACAUCAAUGUCCCCAUCAAGGAGCCCCCCUUUACAUCAGGUGUCCCCAUUAGAGUGCCCCCUUCCAUCAGAUGUCACCAUUAGAGUGCUCCCUUCCAUCAGGUGUUCCCAUCAGAGUGCCCCUUUACAUCAGGUGUCCCCAUCAGAGUGCCCCCUUACAUCAGGUGUCCCCAUCAGAGUGCCCCCUUACAUCAGGUGUCCCCAUCUGAGUUCCCCUUUACAUCAGGUGUCCCCAUCAGAGUCCCCUUUACAUUAGAUGUCCCCAUUAGAGUACCCCCUUCCAUCAGGUGUCCCCAUCAGAGAUCCCCCUUA